AUUUUUUAAAAAAUAUAAAAUCUUGUCUUCAAAUGAGUGCUAAUCAAGACAUAAGAGAAGAAUGUAUAGAAAUGAUAUAAGAUUAAUAAAAUCAUUAGAGAUUCUUAGAUGAACCACAUUAUAGAGAAAAUGAUGAUGAAUAAUAAGUAUUAUAGUAUUUUUAUUUUAGUAACCUAAUUAAUAUAUAGAGGAAGAAGAUUAAGCUCCUGUUUAUUCACCUUAUCAAUUAUCUUUAUAUAAGAAACCUAAUCCUAGAACAUUAGAUGAAUUUCAUUUAGAUGAGGAACCAAGAAAGAAGAUUUGUAUUGAAGAAUGUUCAACCUAAGAGUAAUCAUUAGAUCAUCAUGCUAUGGGAGAUUUAGAAAUACUAGCUGCAACACUUUAAAAAGAAAAUUAGAAAAAGUUCUUUUAUCCAAAGAAUCUUCCUAUUCCAACUAAUGUUGAUGAACAUUUCUCUAAUUUGAAAAUGAGAUUCUAAUCAUCAUUAAAAUAAGAGGAAUUUAUAGCAACUUAUCUUAAAUCUGAUGACAUUAUGAGAAUCAAAAUAGGUUUAUGUGAUGAAAUUCUUAAUGAUGAAGAAACUCUUAAAUUUGAAGAUUGGGUUGAACAAUUAUGUACAUCAACUAAUCAUGAAUCUUUAAAAGAAAUGGCUAGAAAAUAGAAAGUAGCUAGAUAUUUAGAAAAAAAACAUAGUCGAACAUAUGAGAAAAAAGUUCAUUAUCAUGUUAGAUAAAAAGUUGCAGAAGAGAGAUUAAGAGUCAAAGGUAGAUUUGUUACAUGGACUUAAGUAAUCUAUUCUUUUAUUUUAUUAGGCAUUAAAAAUGUUGAAUCAACAAUAAGACACAAUCAAAUCAUGGACUUAUAAUGAUUAUUUCAAAAUUAAAAAUUUACUAAAUGAAAAAUUUGGAGCAAUUAGAAGUGAAAGAUCACUAAAGUUAUGAUUCCU